AUGCGCAUUGGAACCACUGCACCCGUAGUGGCUGUUGCUGCGGCAGCAGCUGCGAUUGCCAACCUCCCUGCGGCAUCGGGCAUGCCUCAUCAGCAGUCGCUCUACAACGGCUACAACGGCCUUGCCGGUCCCGCAGCCGAGUUUUACGAUGACAGCAUCCCCGCCCGUGUCUCGCACGGCGUGUGGUCGACGCUCACCUCGAUGUUCGGUCAGUCACACAACCCGGCGCAGAUCAUCAAGACCGCUCCGGGCGUCAAGAUGCUCGACUCGGGCUUCCCCACUGCCGACACGGACAGCAUUGCCGCCCCGCGCUUCGUCCUUUACGGUGACCAGGACGUCGCCGCGCAGAGCUACGGCGCCCCUCCCUACUGGAACAUUACGGGGUUCAACGUGUUCAACCUCGCCUUUUGGACGGUCAAGUUUGGUGUGGCGGACAAUGCGGCCAAGUUUGCGGCCAAGAGCGAUGCGGACAAGAAGUGGUUCAAGUCGCGCUAUGCCGGUGCGGGGAUGAAGCUCAUGGUGUCCGUAUUCGGCGCUACGGACACGCCGCAGAGCAUGGGUCGCAACGCCACCAAGCUCGGCAAGACCAUCGCGGCUUUCGUCAAGCAGAACGGUCUGGACGGUGUCGAUGUCGACUAUGAAGAGAUGGACCUCUUUGCGCAGGGAAAGUCCGCCAACUGGCUCAUUGAACUCACCCGCAGCUUGCGAGCUGAACUUCCAAGCCCGGACUACAUCAUCACUCACGCCCCCGUCGCACCGUGGUUCAACAAGCAGAUGUACCCCGAGGGAUACGCCAAGAUCCAUGCCCAGGUGGGUAAUCUGAUCGACUGGUACAACGUGCAGUUCUACAACCAGCAGAACUACGAUACCUGCGACGAACUCAUCUGGAACUCGGGCGACAACUUCCCGCUCACCAGCGUGUUUGAGAUCAACAAGUACGCCGGCGUACCCCUCGACAAGAUCGUAGUGGGUAAGCCGGCUGUAGCGGGCGAUGCGGACAAUGGGUUCAUGCGCCCCAGCGUGCUCGGUGGCUGCCUCAACGUCGGCGUCCAGAACGGAUGGAAGGCCGGUGCGAUGUUCUGGGAAUACCCCCACAUGACCCCCGCUCGCCUCAACGUCAUCACCAGCGCAGCUGGCCUCAGCUAG